GCCCAUGCUGCUCCCCAUUUCGUUUUCCCUCUCGGAGUAAACAAACCCACGUACUCCAUUCAUCUGCUGACGCGCGGGCCCACCCCACCACAACUGAACUGUCAGUGCGGCAGUGCCCGUAGUGCAGCGCCACUCCCUCUGCCUCUGGCUCUACCUCCAGCUCGCUCCGCGACAAGCCGCACCAGGGCGGUAGCCCCGCUUACGCUCACCGGUGGAGCAGCGCAUAGGGAUGAGUCACUGUCCACCUGGCCCCAACGGCGCGAGAUACGCUCACAGCCCGCAGCCGCACUACUAGUAGUAGGACGCAGUGGCUCUGGCUGCUGCCAUUCCACGCCGCUACUGGAGCUCUAGUCUCCGCCGCUAUUAUUACCCCUGCUGCGUGUUUACAAAUCGAUCACACUCCGUAGCGUGGUGGCCGCAGUGGAGCGGCACCAUUGUUUAUCUCCUCGUUCUGCGCAGCUUUUGCCCUUUGCCUCUCGGGCGAGGGUGGUGGUAGCGGUGGCCAUGGAGCCGUCGCGGCGGCUUCUGCUCUCCGACUACGACGGCGCGAUCAUGUCGCCUCUGCCGUCGCCGUCCACGUCGUCUGCCGCGCCGUUCAAGCCGGGCGUCGCGGUGGUCGUGGGGAUACUGACGAGCGUCUUCUCCAUCACGUUCCUCCUGCUGCUCUACGCCAAGCACUGCAAGCGGAGCGCCGCGGAGUCGUCCGGCCCGUACGGGAGCGGCGGCGGCUCCGGGGGCGGCGCUGCGGGCGAGCGGAGGAACUCCGGAGUUGAGCGCGCGGUGGUGGAGUCGCUCCCGGUAUUCCGCUUCGGGGCGCUGCGCGGGCAGAAGGCCGGGCUCGAGUGCGCCGUCUGCCUCGGCCGCUUCGAGUCGACGGAGGCGCUGCGGCUGCUGCCCAAAUGCCGGCAUGGGUUCCACGUCGAGUGCGUGGAUACGUGGCUGGACGCGCACUCCACGUGCCCGCUCUGCCGCUCCCGCGUCGACCCGGAGGACGUGCUGCUCCUGCCGGAGCCACCCAAGCCGUCCACGACGGGGCCUCCCGAACCGCCGGAGCAGAAAGCCGCCGCUGCCGCUGCCGUUGCGACGGUCAAGGACAAGGAAAAGGACGCAGCCUUGGCUCCUACGCCUGCUCACUUCCCGGCGUGGCGAAGGAUCGCCGGCCGGCACUCAACGGGGUCGGUGCGAGCGCCUGGGCGGGUCGGCCCUACGUCACGGCGGUCGGCCGAUCUGGAGGUGGGAGGAGGCGAUGGUGGUGCGGCUACGGUGGGCUGCUUCGACAGCGCGAAGGUUAGGAAGGACCGGGUGCUGAUGGUGGAGCCGGCAGCCGCGGUGGCGGAGCCCGAUCCGGUCGCGUUCGACCGGCGGUUCGGGCACCGCAUCCUGGUGAGCACAGCUUGCGGCUGCGACGACGAGACGGCGCCGGCAGCGAAGCAGCGGUGGAGCGACCUGCGACCGGCCGAUCUGAUGUUCGUGCGGUCGGAGAUGCUGGUGACCGAGACCGGGCGCUACUCCUGCUCAGCCGCCGUCAACUCCGGCAACCGCGGCAGGACGGAGAUCAGCGGGCGCUGCCUCUCCGAGAUCGCCGGCGUGAGCCGGCUCCCCCCGAUCCGCGCCGGCGCGGAACCGCGAGCCGGGAGCGCGCGUCGGUGGCCGGGCUCGAGCUGGUGGGCCCGGGGCUCGCCCGGCGUUAACGGCCCUAGCACCUAGGCCGCUGUUGCCGAGGGGCCCGCGUGGCAGCCCGGAAAGGCAUCCGCAUUUUCUUUCCCUGCCGAGACUGCCCCUGACAUGCCCCACGUUAUUACGGAGCAGCAAAGCGUCCCAGGCACCCCAGUGGGUUCACGUGAUGGGCAUCGCAGUAAUUAUCAUCACCCCUCCCGUCCCUACCCCUACCUCUACCCCUACCCGGGGCCGCGCUAUGGCCGCCUCGGAAGCCGCGACUGGGGGAGGGGAUGUUGCUUUGGCGCGCAUCUCGAGGCCGGCGUCCGCUCCGCAACACGGGCGGCCGCGAUUGGCAGGCGGAUCCUCUGCGGAUGGGAGCCACGGAACACGGCGUGUGCGCUCGCGGCUGCCGCGUCGCGCACGUCCGCAGGCGAGAGGCUGGCCGGGUCGGGGAUGAGGGAACCACGGAGGAAAGGCUGUUCCUAUGCGUGUAAAUCUUUUGUCUGUAUGAGAGAAAGCGCUGCCUUUUCUUUUUGUACAAGUUGGUGUUGCGCCGCGUGCCUGGAUCCACGGUAUGAGAUGCUAAAGCGGCGUGCCGCCCAUGUCGCAUCUUGUUUUCUUCUUCCUUUGCUUAUUGUGAGUAAGCGUUUCUAGUCAUAGCUUGUAUUUUUUGCUUUCUAAUGGAGGGGAAUAGUAGCACGUGUUGAGGAGAGUGUUCGGCGGCCGCACAACUGCCUCGUAUACUUGCCGGGCAUGUUGCAGCGGCGUCGUGGCCUCGUGCUCGCUUGGCCCGUACCGUUGUCCCCAACCUAUCAGCUAGGGAUCACACGUUUCUUCAUAA